AUGGUGGUUGUUAAGGGUUUUCUGUCAAAGUAUGAUUACAUAUGGUAUUGUGUGUAUUUAGGAGAUAUUAGAUUAAAAAAAUGGACUGUUGAACUGGCUAACGAAGAGAAAUUGAAGCGGCUAACACGCGACAGAUACGAUCACAUCGAUGCUGCUGCAUCACAUGUAACAAAUAUUUUGUCGUAUCAACUCUCUGCAGUCGAAUUAGAUGUACUAUCUAGAGGUCCUAAGUUUGGAAUUCCCCCCAGUAUGUUAAAUAAAGAGGAUAUAUUUUCUGAGUUUGAAAUGUUUUGGUCGCAGUUGGGAAAGUUUAGACAAAUGAUAGCGAAGCAGUGCCGGGCUUUAAGAGUUGAUUCUAAAGAAUUUUCUGUUACAAAAGAGCACAUGAUCGCACUAUCUAAUUUGAAAAAGAAUAAGAACAUUGUUAUAUGUAAACCAGAUAAAGGCUCUCAUGUAGUAAUUCUAGAUGGACAAGAUUACAACAGCAAAAUGCUAAAUAUUUUGAAAGACAACAACAAGUUCUGCGGGCUUGGAAAAUUGCCAGAGUGCGAUAAAACUAGUACAUUAGAAAGCAUAUUGCAAACACUUCUUCUAAACUUGAAAAAAUCAAACCAAAUUAAUGAAACAUUUUAUAAUUUAGUCUGCCCAACGGGGGCAGAGAGACCACAUAUGUAUGGUUUGCCAAAAACUCACAAGGAAGGCGUUCCACUUCGACCAAUUCUAGCCAGACAACUGUCAGUGGUACUUUCAUCUGUUUUGGAGAGGUUUUCAACAUACGCUUUAAAAGACUCUUUUACUUUUACUGAUGAGCUUAAACAACAAAAUUUUUCAAUGUAUUCUAAUCUAACGAUGUGUUCUUUCGAUGUAACUAGUCUCUUCACUAAUGUGCCCUUAGAAGAAACCAUUGAAAUUUGUGCUCAAAAUCUUUUUUAUUCGGACAUGACUUUGCCGGACAUGUCUGAGAAUGCCAUUAGAGAACUAAUGAUGGCUGCCACAAAGGGUAUGGAGUUUAGUUCUGAUGACAACAUGUAUAAACAAAUUGACUGGGUGGCUAUGGGUUCUUCACUUGGACCGGUUCUUGCGAAUAUUUUUGUUGGCUAUCAUGAAUGCAAAAUGCUUGCAUCUUCAGAUUGUCCGGAUGUGCUGUGGUAUAAGCGUUAUGUGGAUGACACCUUUUCCUUGUUUCACAACGAUAAAAAUCGUGAACUUUUUCUUAAUAAACUUUGCUCUCUUCACCCUGCACUAAAUUACACCUCUGAACUAGAGUCAAACAAUUAG